AUGACAGUUUCCGUCAGUUUGACUUGCAAAUCGUAACCGCGCUGAGCGAGCGGUUUAUUUUCCUUUCCAAUUGCAGCUGGAACGUCAAUUUCAUAAUUUUGAACCAUCGAUCGAUAUCGUUUACCAUACCAAAUACAGAAAUAUAUAUUUUUGGGAGAUAAGUACAAGUUGUACUUGUUGUAACUACUUAAACUCUGAACUUCCAGCUCGAGGCCCAGCAGCGAGCUCGAGCGGCAACUCGGAAAAGUUUGUUGUUGUCACGUGAUGUGAGACGAAUGUGGCGAUAAAAGUUUGCUUAGAUAGUAAAAGUAGGCGGCGUACCUAAACAUUAACACUUUUUGAAUACAACAUUCACCAACAUGCCUCAACCGAAAUAUCGAAAGAUUGCUGUGAUAGGUUACAGAUCUGUAGGAAAGUCAUCUCUUACAAUACAGUUUGUGGAAGGACAGUUUGUUGACUCCUAUGACCCCACCAUUGAAAACACCUUUAACAAAAUGGUCAACGUGAAUGGCCAGGACUUCAAUCUUCAACUGGUUGAUACCGCUGGACAAGAUGAGUACUCAAUCUUUCAACAAUCCCACUCAAUGGACAUCCAUGGUUAUGUCCUUGUCUAUUCAGUGACUUCCAAUAAGAGUUUUGAAGUUGUGCAGAUUCUACAUGACAAGCUGCUAGACAUGGUUGGAAAGAUUCAGGUCCCAACUAUUCUUGUUGGGAACAAAAAAGAUCUCCACAUGGAAAGGGUUAUCAAGCCAGAGGAGGGAAAGAAACUUGCUGAUUCCUGGGGUGCUGCAUUCAUGGAGUCCUCAGCCAAGGAGAAUGAGACUGCUGUGGAGCUUUUCAAGCGGAUCAUUUUGGAGAUGGAGAAAGCUGAUGGAAACGCACCCCCAGAAGAGAAGAAGUGUGCCUUGAUGUAAACGUGUGUCCAGGACAUCAGAAAGCUCAUUUGCUGAAGACAGGAGCCACAACGUCACCAGCUUGCCAAUCGUGAUCUCAUCGACACCGCAGUGGAACUUUUCUGCUCAAAUGUGAUAUCUUAUUGAUUUGCAUAGCAAGUCAACUGCCCAGCCAGUUGAUAAACUAUCCCACUAAUUGUAACCAAAGGCCAGAAGUUUAUAAGAGCAAGUUUAAUCUUUGUUCUAGACAAAGAAGCACAGUUGGUGAACACUAUCUUCAAAUAUUGAAACGUUAUCUACAACUUGGCAAAAUCUUGACUUUUCAACCAACUGCUCUGAAAACAAAAUAUUAAAGCCAAACAUAUUGGUCCCGAUUUUUUUUGUUUGUGUGAACAUAUUAUGGUAAUAACUAGUAAAUUGUAUGUUAGAGACAUCAUUGGCUUGACUCUCAUACCUCUUUGAGUAGUUGAGUUAAUGUACAUGUCGUGCUGGUUAAUCUUAUUAAGGACUGGUAUUAUUUCAACAGUGAGGGAGAGUCAAAGUUCACAUUGAUUUAAAUGUGGUGUUAAAUUGUCUAUCUCAAAUGGUGGAUUUUCUUGAUUACCCUGGAAUGAGAUUUCACAGAAGACAUUUCACUUGGGUCACAGUUCUUCUCACUAAUUUUUUAUUAACUUCUCUUCGGGUACCUUUCACCAAUGAACUUUUGAAUUGCGCCUUCACGAUGGCGGAAUCUAUUUGUAAAUCUAACAACUCACAUUUUAAGCUCUUCUGCUACGCAGAUUAGACUAAUCCUCGGUUUCUACACUUAAGUUUCUCCUUAUUGACUGUAAUAAAGAUGUCAUCUUUUGGACAACCCUCAGAGAAAUUUAGUAUAGAUUGAAAUAGAUCUUUGAUAUUUACCAGUUAUGGCCUUUUUAUACAAUAAAAAUAGAAUCUUAAAAAAAGGUUUGCUACUAUUGGUUACAUUUUGAGUGGUGCAGGUUUGCUCUUUGUUCAAUAUCCUGAGUAUAUUCUUAAAAGUGCGUUAUAAAUAUGAACAUUGAGUUGCAACUUUUUUAAAAUGCAUUUAACAUGCCCACGAUCAUUUAAGUGGCUGGAUACAGUUAGAUUAGUAAUCUUUGAUGUGAUGGUUUAUGCAGCCUUGAUGGAGACAAGCCAGGAUGGCGGUCCAGUUAACGCACAUUGUAGAUGUCCAUGAUUAGUUUGAGAUCCUUCAUGACUUUGAUUCUGUAGCCGUACAAAGACGUGACACAAUGUGGAUUUCCCCUCAGAAUCCUCAUGUUGUACCUGUAGUGGGUAAUUGUAACUUUUUAUUGCUUUGCUGAGUGAGUAGUUUGUUGAUUGAUGAUGGUUGGAACAAGCUGGUGAUGCUGUGUCUGGUGCCUUAAAGUUCCUCAAACUACCGCAUCUUCACGACUCGAGGUGCUCUUACAGGUUGUUUUUUCCUUCUUCUCCUUCUGUUCUCUUGAUACCAUGGUGCAGGUGGUGUGCACCUGAACACCAAUAUGCCCUUGUGGGUUGAUGUUAAUUCAGAAAUCUUGCUGUAAACAGUUUUGUAUAUAAAUAAAUCUGUUACUCAUUU